AUUGUGUAGAUUUCGUGUUCACUUUAAGAUGGAAUCUAAUGGAGAUACUGAAAGCGAUGCACAACCGAAGUUAACAUUUGCUGACUUAAAUAUUCCUUCCGUGUCAACGCAACCAAAGGAUACGCCGAUUGGAAAGAUUCAAAGAUGUCAGGAUCUGAAAGCAAGAGAAAUUCUCUUCAUGUCCUUAAUGCUUGGCUCAGUACUGCUGGCUACAGGGUUCACCAUUUACAGGAUGGCAGUUAUCAGCAGGCAGAGUGCAGAUUUUAGCUUUGGUAUUCUGCUGCUGAUUAAUGCAGGCUUCUGUAUCUGGUUUACAAUCGAUGGUGUUCUGAGAGAAAGACCAUCAGAGAUUGUGAUGCUGUGCCUAGCGACAAUUAUAAUCUUAUUUUAUAUAAUCUUCAACUUCGCUUUGGGGGAUAAGAAUAGUAUCAAACUGGCAAGACUGAUAGUGGCAUCUAUAUCAUGUCCAGGAAUCACUGUAGUAGGACUGUACUGUGCUAGAAAAUAUUACCUUUCCAAUCACCUCAUUUUUCGGACUGUUGGUGCUUUUCAAGACAUGCAGAAUCUGUACAAGAAUCUUCUCUAUUUUCAAGAUUUAUUAAAAUUUGAUCUUCAAGUUGGGUGCAGCAUUAUUGUUCUGGUGUUGGAUGGGAAUGAUGUGGAGGUGCAUGAGAUUGUCAUCUUGAGUUUGGGAGGAGCCUUCAAGAUUGUUUGGUUCAUUCUUGGCUAUAUCGUUAUGAGUAGAGAGAUCAAGAUUGGAGCCUGGGUUUUUCUUGCUUUAAGUCCUGUGGAGAUUGCCUACAUUAUCUUCAAAAUGUACGAUGUUAGCACUUACAUAGACACAGCCAAAGGCCUAGCAGCUGCCACCAUUGUUUGUAUUACAGCAGCUCUUAUUGUGCGUCUGCUGGCUAUUGUGACUGCUGUUUUUGUCUAUAGAGGGUUUGGGAAAGGUCUAAAACAAAAAUUGUUCAUGUCGCCAGUUGAAGAUGGUGUAGGAAUAGUGAAUCAACCAACGGAGCAGAAUUCACCAAGUAAGUUUUGAACAGGAGGAGAACCUCAACAUAACUUGAAUGUUUUAUUUUUUUGUACAAUCUCUAUUUUUAGCAUCAGCAUGUACUGGACUUUUUUUUAUGAUAAAGACAACUUGUACUGAAUAUAAGUUUUUAAUUUGAUAUUUGUAAGCAAAGUGGCCAAAUGAAGUUAUAUUUUACAGUUGUUUAUUUCAUAUAAUGCUAGUGAGUUUACACAUUAAUUGGAAACAGUAUUUGAGUGGUAUUUUUUACAUUGCUCUAAAAUUUUUAAUGUUUGUUAGUGUCU